AUGAGGCGGACUGGCAGCACACAAGUUACAGGGCGCUCAAAGACCGAAGCAAGUCGAAGGGUCUUAUAUACGCUCAUCAGAAUCUAUCUGAACAUUCUUCAUUAGAUACUAUCACAGAAUACGAGUGUUCUUCUUAAAUAGAGCUUCGUAAUUGGACCCUUUUUUCGUCUCAUUAAAACUAAAACAUCCGUGGUUUUGAUGCGCGGUUUCUUUCAUCUCAGCGUUGAUCAACAGACUGACAAGCGAUCCGUCGCGCCCAUUCUUGUGAAAACUUCUGUCCAAUCAUCGUGAACGAGCUUGGCCAACCAAGUGUGUCUUGGUAUCUUUUGGUUGGUUUGGGCUUACGAAGGAAGGACGCUUACGAGCUAGGUUUCUUCACGGCAGCCAUGGAGAGAAACAAUUCGAGUAGUAUCAGUGCCCCUUGGGUUCAAAUCCAACAGAAAACAUUCACAAAUUGGGUGAAUGAACAACUGCGACCAGCCGGCAAACAGGUCGACGAUCUCGUCACCGAUUUCGAAGAUGGAUUGAUGCUCAUCACUUUGUUGGAUGGAUUGGUCGCAUCCAGAGGCUUACCCAUGUACAAGAAGAGAAGCAGUUACUGCAAGAAUCCCAAACUUCGAGUACAGAAGAUGGAAAAUGUUUCACAUGCCCUACAGAUGAUGGAAAGGGCUGGAAUCAAAAUGGUCAAUGUUGGGAAUGAGGACAUUGUUGAGGGAAACCUGAAGCUGAUUCUUGGGCUUGUUUGGCGCAUCAUCCAGAGAUUUCAAUUGAGUGGAGGGGGAGGACCAGGUGUAACUCAGAAUGGCAGCAUGGACGGGACGGCUCCCCCUCAGCAAAAGAGUGCCCCAAAGGUACCUCCUAAGAAACUCAUGCUGAAAUGGAUCAACAGUGUACUUCCAGAGGAUGCAGGAGUCGUCAAGAACUUCUCAUCAGAUUGGAAUAAUGGAAUCAUUCUCAGUGCCAUUUUGAACUACUGUGACCCCUCCCUGAUGACCAACUGGCAUGAACUGGACAAGUCCAACGGUCUUGAGAACUGCCGUGAAGCCAUGAAGAUAGCCAAUGAGAAGUACAGCAUCCCUAUGGUGGUGUCACCCGAGGAUCUGAGCAGUAAACACAUGGAUGAGUUGAGUGGCAUGACGUACUUGUCAUACUUCUUGAAGCAUGAAGGACCGGGAUGGUAUGCUACGCUCAACUGGGUUAGGAAGAAUGUUCCAGAAGAAGAUGUACAGAACUUUAAGUCUGAUUGGAACGAUGGUCUUGCUCUGUGUGGUUUGGUGAAUGCAGUAGGAGGGGACUUUUCAGACUGUUCAGACUGGAAAGACAUGGAUCGAGAUGACAAGAUUAACAACUGUCAUAAAGGAAUCGAAGCGGGUCGUAAACUGAAUGUUGAUCCCACAUUGACAGCGACUGAACUGAGUCAACCUUCUGUGGAUGAACUGAACGUGAUGGCCUACGCUGCUGGGUUCCACCGGGCUAAACCCGUCUCAGAAACCUUUAAGACUAGCUUUGGAGCUGAGACAUACGCAUCUCAGAAGACAACAGAUUGGGGAUUGUGUUGUAAGAUUGAUCUCAGUAGAUGUACUGGUCUGGAUACUAAUCCUAAUGGAGAAGUUCAUGAAGCUAAUACAGAAGUACCGGUGACCAUACAUGUGAGAGUAUUGGAUCAGCAGGUCUCGGUGGAAGACAUCUCAGCUCAGAUUGAGUCUCCUGGUAGCCCCGUCCCGAUCAGUCUUAAAGCUCUUAGUACUGAGCUGGUGGAAGUACAGUUCACUCCCCUUGAUGGAGGCAUGCAUAAGGUUUCAGUUAGAUGCCGAGGUGAGAUGGUGAGAGGGAGCCCUAUCAAGGUCAACGUUGCGAAAGACAUGUCUUCUUACCCAAGGAAUGUCAAGGUCGGAGGAAAUGCAUCUGCUUUCAUUGGAGAGGAACUUCAGUUCCAAGUUGAUACACAGGAAGCAGGGCAAGGUGAUAUCAGUGUGGACAUCACUAAUGGCCACAACCGACUCCCUGUCCGCAUCACGAGGGAAGGGCGUGUCUUCACUGUACAUACCAAGGCAAAGGAUACAGGCUCCUAUGUCGUGGAUAUCAAGUGGAAUGGACAGUCCAUAACAGAUGACCCAAUGAGGAUAGCAGUAAGGGAUCCUUCCAAGUGCAAAGCAACAGGGGAGGGUCUAUCUAGAGCGAGGGAAGACACACCAGCAAUAUUCACCGUAGAUCCUACACCAGCAGGGCCAGGGGAGCUUAGAGUACAGGUUGAAGGACCAAACUCCAUGGCCAAAGUGAGUGUUGAUGAGAACAGGGAUGGUACAUACACAGUGACUUACAUACCAGUGGAAGUGGGUAUGUUCACACUCAAGAUCUUCUGGUCGGACAAACAAAUACCAGGUAGUCCCUAUCACAUCAAAGUGACUGAUCCCAGAAAAGUGAGAGUGGUGAAAAGCAGCAUCAAGAAUGAUCAGACGGUCAACGGUAUGCACAAAAUGACAAGAAACAAAGAAUUCAAGAUUGUCUUUGAUACAACUGAAGCAGGACCUGGUAUGAUGCAGGCGGACCUAGACACACCGACCAGCAGGGUACCUCUCAAUGUAGAAGCGGAGAUGCAAGGCCGACAGAGUGUAACAUUCAUACCAGAUGAACAAGGUGAACAUGAGUUGAAGGUGACAUGGUCAGGCUUCCCCAUAAAAGGAUCACCACUCAAGUUAUACUCCAAGACAGAAGAGAUUCCAGUGGAUCACACUAAGGUGAAGAUCAGAGGAGAUGGGAUGGAGGUCGGAAAAGUCUUCAAGAAGACUGAGUUCCUCAUCGAUGGAUCUACCGCUGGACCAGGUAACCCAAGCGUAAGAAUGAGUGGUCUAGAUGAAGAUAUAGAUGUCACCCUCACACGCCUUGAGAACCACAAAUAUCGUGCAACCUACACACCAGAAAAACCUGGUACCUAUCUGCUUCACCUGGCCUGGUCUGACAGGCAGGUUAAUGGAUCACCUUUCAAAGUGAACAUAGCAGGAGAAUCUCAUGCUAAUCGGGUGAAGGCAUCCGGAGCAGCCUUAGGAAUGCUUGUCGCUCAUAACACAUCAAGACUCGUAAUCGAUGGACGAGAAGCAGGAGCUGGUGAUCUCACGGCUCGUUGCAUGGGUCCUGCUCAAUUGGCUGAGGUACACAUUGGUAAUAACCAAGAUAACACAUUCUCUCUGCUCAUCACACCUAAGGAACAAGGUAAACACGUUCUUGAGGUCAAAUACGGAUCAGAUCAUAUCCAAGGAAGCCCAUUUGUGUUGCGGGUUGCUGGUGCCCCUGACGCCAGCCAGGUGGUGUGUCAUGGGUUUGGUCUAGAGCAUGGUAUCCUAACCAAGUUCAGAGGAAGGUUUGUUUGUGAGACUAAGGGAGCUGGAUCAGGUCAACUCAAGGUCAGAGUUCAUGGCCCCAAAGGUGCGUUCCGCGUUGAAAUGAAACGUAACGACACGCGUGAUCGUACCAUUGAUGUUCUGUACAACCCAAGUGAAGUCGGGGAUUACACAAUCCACGUGAAAUGGUCCGACAAACAUGUUCCAGGAAGUCCGUUCCUUAUUAAGAUCGUUGAUAAUGAAGAACAGCUGAGAGAUGUCCAGGAGAAGUUCCCUACAUACUCUACCAGGGCACGCUACGGAGGACGGGAAAAUGGAUGGGCGGAAGAUAUCUAAACAAAGCUGCAUUUACUUCCUAAAUCUUAUAUUACUCCAGGGCCCCUUGUUACAAGCUUGUCAUCAGUGACAAAUGACAGUUCUUGUUAUAAGCUUAGUGAAAUCCUUGCUUCUGAUUGGUUAUCAGCAGACUUGUCACUGAGUUUUGUCAUUUGUCAUUGAAAAAAGGCUUUGUGAAACAGGUCCCAGAAUUUUACUUUCAAAACUCUAGAAAUAAUUGUAUAUACACCCCAAAAAUUGUCAUUGUGACUGAGUGAAAAUUUACAUAUGGACCAAAAUGUACUAUAUAUCUAACACUGUGACACUUAGAAGAAAUGAAUCAAUGAAAGUUUGUAAAAAUUGAAAUAUUCCAAACAACCAUAUUCUUGGCACCAAGUUUGCAAAUUCUAAAGCCUCUGUAUUAAAAGUGGUCAUAUUUUCACAUCUUUUCUGCUUGUAAAAAUGCUUUUAUAAGAUGUAACACUACAAUUAGCUAUUGAAUAGAGGAAUCAGUGUUAAGAAUGAUAUAAUCUCAUGUUUGUAUUCAACUUGCCAUAUUAUAAAAACUAAUAUAUUUGUGAUAGUCUGAUAAAUUAUUUUAUAUUUUCCUGAUAGGGAAAGUCCUGGGCACUUGAAACUAACCAAGUACAUCCCCUUGGCAAUGAUAAUACUUGGUUUUAACAGUAUGAAGAUUUAUAGCUAUUCUUGAUAAGACUCAUUUAUACUAAAAUCAGGUCAAAUAGACUAAAUAAAAUCUGAGCACGGCUUAGCCUUCACAACUACACGUAUUGACAAGAAUGUCAAAAGGGAACUUGCUUUGACAAUUUUCAUUGUAAAUUUCAUUAGAAUGCCCAGACUUAUCUUUUUAAGCAAAUAUAACAAUGUGUAUAUUAAUAACAUCAUGAUGAUAUCUAACUAGUAACUACCUUGUAACUACCUUGUAAAUGUAUAUCUAAUGUAUGUAAUCACAUGGUAACAUUUCUUAAUUUAUUGUAAUGUAAGUAUAAAGCUGUGAUAUUAUGAUGCUUUUGGUAUACCUGUGGUUCAAGUAAAACCUAUGUAAAUAGUGUAUAAUUUGUACCGGUACUCAAUAUGGUAUUGACAACACUUACAAUGAAAUUGGACAAGAUGAAGUGUAUAUUUAAUAUGUACAUGUAUGCUAAUAAGUUGACUUUACUCAAAUAUUGUAUUCAACAUUUAUAAUUUGUUUCAUGGUUGAUGUAUUCAUAAUAGUGUAUUUCGAUUCCUAUUACUGCUCAUUUAUUCUUAUAAAAUGGGAAGAAGUUUGGUCUAUGGUGAGGUACAAUAAAAAGGUUCAGAGCUUUGUAAAGUAUGAAAAUAUACUGCUGAGAACAUUAUUUUAAAAAAUGUCCAUAGCUAAAAUGUUUACUACUGAACAAGUUUAAGUCACAAAGGUAUAUGUAGUUUGACCUCACAUUUACAUCUGAUGGAGAUGAUCUGAAGUUUUGGGGUAGUUAGAACUUCAGCAGAGAUAUUUGCAUGACAGAAAGGAUUUAAUUGCUUGUACCAGACAGCACAUGUUUAAGCUUCAAGAGACUGAAGUUAUGCUGGACCAAACAAUAUAGUCUUGGGAUCCUUAUAAAUAGUUGCUGAAAGGUCUACAUGUACUUUAGGGGGGCGUUUCACAAAACUUGUCAUCAGUGACAAACGACAGUUUUUGUUAUAAGCUACUGAAAUCCUUGUUUCUGAUUGGUUAUCAGCAGAUUUGUCACUGAUUUUUGUCAUUUGUCAUUUGUCAUUGAAAAAGGGCUUUGUGAAACGGGCCCCAGAUGAAUCUUAAACAAACCUUUUUAAUCUUUUAAGAAAGACUUUGUCAAUCACUUUCACACACAAAAACAAAUCAACCCGGAGUGCCAUUAGAAGAAACAUUUAAUAUACACUUUCUCUCAAUUUUAGUACAGUAAAUAUCUGGCUAUAACUUAUUCAGAAAAGUAAACUACAUCACAUGGAAUAUACGUGUACUAGAUUUGCUUCUUGAAAAUUUCCUUUCCCUAGAAAUAUUUCACUUUAAUAUCCUUGUUUUCUUGGCUACAAUUUGGCCUAUGUUACUGAUUCAACGUUUGAAUACUUUAAAUGUUAAGUUAUUGUACAAUUCAUAAUACAAAUGGCAAAUUUGCCCGAUGGAUACAUUUUGAUCGAGCUCUUGUCUAUAGCUAAUGUACUCAAAUAAGACCUGCUGCUGUAUAUAUAUUUCAUCAUUUAUAAUGUUUUUACAUGAUACUCAUAUCAGAAUUCUGUAAGCAAAGGAGAGUUUCAUUGCUCCAAGGCCAAGGCUAAACAAUCCCCUCACAGGCUAGGCUAGAUAUGGUUCACACAUAAAACACAAUGAUCAACAUGCAAAGCUAAUAUUUCUCAUAAAAGAUGAACUUGUGAUUAUUCAAUUAUAAUGGAAGCAUUAAUACCUCUGUUUUAUUUCAUGUUUAUAUGGAAUACUUGAUGGCUUAGCGUUAUCAAUUUUAUAAAAUCAAAAAUAUUAUUAUUCAAUUAUAAUGGAAGUAAAAAUGUUCAUAUUAAUACACGUACCUCUGUUUUAUUUAAUUUUUAAUAUACAGGUAAGUCUUGAUGGCUUAGCAUAAUCAACUUUAUCAAAUUAAACUUAUGAUUACUCAACUAUAAUGGAAGUAAUAAUGUUCAUAUUCAUACCUAUUUUUUAUUUCAUUUUUAUGUAAGUCUUGAUGGUUAAGUGUUAUCAAUUUUAUCAAAUUAAACUUGAUUAUUCAAUCAUAAUGAAAGUAGAAUACUUCGUAUUAAUACCUCUGUUUUAUUUUAUUUUUUAUGUUAGUCCUGAUGGCUUAGCAUUUUAAAUUUUACUUUUGUACCAUACACACUACAAUUAGUUAUUAUAUUGAAUUAUAAAUCAUUUACCGAAAGUACAAUGUAUAGUUCAACUCUGAGAUGUUUCACUAGUUCCUAAUCAGUUACUGGACGUAAGUUGAACUAUUGUAGGAACUGAAGAAACAUCGCAGAGAAGUAAGUUGAACUAUACAUUGCACUUCUUGUAACUGAUUUACACUUUGCUAUAAUUUUGACAAUACUGGAUGAAUCUUAAUCUUCAUCAAAUUCUGAUUAGUUGUUGAGGACAUUUUUAUAUGGGUUUGAAUAUGGAUAUGUUCAGUUUUCAACAGUUUAUACAUGUAUGACAUAAAAUAUCUCCCUUUGUUUUUCUCUCACAUUUUUAGCUUGGUAAAGAUAGUGGUUUAUACAAUGUAUAUACAUGUAACAUGAGAUAAUAUAACUUCAUUCUUUCAUCUCUCCCUCUCUCUGUCUCUAUUUGUCUAUCUAUCUACAUGUAUCUUUAUACAUCUAUCUACCUCCCCCUCCCCCCCCCCCCUCUCUUUUUCUCUCUCUCUCACUUUCUCUGUCUCCAUCUUUCUUAUUCAAAUGAUGUAUUAGGGUAUAACUGGUUGAAUAGUUUAAAUUGCAUGUACAAAGGGGCUUUUUAUUAUUCAAAUUAGAACAUAAUUGCAAUAUAGUUUUUUGAGUAGAAUAAAAUGUGAUAAUAAAAUACUUUGAAAUAUAUUAUGCAGCUAAA